AUGGCCGAAAGGGUAGAGUUUAGCCCCAUUAAAGGAGACGAGGAUGCAGCCCUUAGCCCGCAAGACGAACGAAAAAGUCGUCGAAGUGGCAAGAAACGCAUAGCUAUAACUGCAGUAAUAGUUGUAGUAUUAUUUAUAGCUGCUUUUAUAGGUGGCUACUUGGUAACACGAGCUAUCACACCAGGAUGCGGAGAUAAAGACAAAGAACAAGAGAAACAGAAAGGUGGAAAUUCAGAUUCAUUGCACGAGGAAGCUGUAAAAGCAAUCUCUACAGAGAAGAUAGAAGAACAUUUGGGGUGAGUCUACCACCGCCUUAUUAAGUGCAUAUCGAGAUGGGGGCAUCUAAACGGUGUGGAUACAUAAAUUGAGUAUAUCGAAUUAGUUGCUCGAUAUUUUGUCUAAAAAAGAAAUAGCAGGAAGGUAUCAUUUAUGUAAAGUAAGGGAAAAUCACUCAGAAAAAAAAUAGUAUUUUUAAUACGAGCUAAAUGUUUGUGAGGAAGGGUGCAAAUGCUACAUCUGUUUGACCCUCGUACACAUUUUGCUUCAACUAGUCGUGGAUACUCAUAGAAAUCCACUUGAGACACCAUUUAAAGCGUUUUCCUAACAAAAUACGCCUAUGAUGUUCUUCUAUUAUUGUUUUUUUUUUUUCGACUUAAACCGCUUCAAGGGAAAUCAGGGCGCUCUCACGUUUAUAUUUUAUUGGGGGUCACGGCAUAAAAUCUUGUUUUGGUUAUAUCAUUAAAACGUAGGUACACAUGCUUGCCAGGCCAAAGUCAGUGAAUCAUGUCGAGAAAAAUAUAAUCCCAGUUCAGGCAAGGCAUUGGACUAACCAAACAUUGGUUUUUACAAGCCCUUGUACCAAAACACUUCUAUACCUCUUUAAUAUAUCCUGCUUCGAAAUCAGGCUGCGUGAGGUUGCAGUGUGUACAUAAGCAGUGAGAAACUCAAGGAAAACAGUGUUUGACAUAAUGGUUGGCGGGACCUUUUCGCAUUCUUUUUAAUUCUAGCAGAGACCUUACAACAUUAUUUAAAAACGAGACAUGCCAUUUUAUAGUUCGUAAGUUCUGAUAAUUUAGAUCAAGCCUUCCAUCUGACUUCCAUGAUCAUCACAUUCAGGCAUGGUGACUUUAGCCAAGGACGUAUCGUGAAUCGUAUCUUCGUCUUCACAAUAAAAGAACUAGUGAUGAAAAAAAUUGAUGUUACGAAACUAAACUAAGGCUAAGGAAUAAUUUUAAACAAAUUGAAACGAGAAAUAAUUUGGGAAGUGGAGGCUUCCAGCUGUCCAGGGUGAAGCUUAUUUCAAUUCUUCUUGCAUAUCAAUUAUUACCUGCUCUGUCUUGGCGCAGCAGUCGUUUUAUUUUGACUAACAAGAUUGUUUCAUUACGAUUGGCCUUCAACCAUUUCCUUUUGCACUUUUAAAGGAUUUAUUAACUUCAGAUUAUCAGAACCGUCCAUUGAUGUGUCAUCUACAUAAAAUUGCACUUUAAUCUUCCGAAAAACAUCCACCAAGCUACCAAAGUCAAACGACGAUUAUCAGUUCCUGCAUGGAGACGACCUAAAGGUGACAAUUGAUCUGAGAAUAACCUGGUUGAAUUCUGAUAUUAAAGUGUUUAGUUAGACUACAAAAUAAAUUUUCUGGCGUUUAAGCUAUUAAAGAUCAGUUCGAAUAUUAAUCUCUUCUUGAUUCGUGACUCCGGCCGCCCAGUGGAGGUAUACAAAUAACAAAUAUAAAUUGUGCCUUGAUGAUUUUUCUCUGUUUCUGCGGCUGCGUGGUGGGACCAAGAUGCACCUACGUGAAUUACAUGCACUUGAAAUGUAUCCAUUCUUGUUAAAAUUUUAGUGGUAGUGACUGAGAAAAGUACAGUUACUGAUAGAGUAAAGAACUGAUAUCAUAUCAUCCAGUAGGCCACCAGAGAAACGGUCCUUGCCCCAGAAUUCAUUUAGAACAUUUGAGUUCUAGUAUGAAUAAUUUGAAUGGUAUUUAGCCUAACAGGAGAAUUAGAACUUCCAACAGUGGACUAAACACUCCAAACACUCUAGCAUUGUAUUAACGCGCUUCAAUUAAGAAACGAUGUUGUAGUUGCGGUUGUUCAAAGCGGUUAAAACUAAAAUACAAACAAAGAAAAGAACGUUACAAAGUGAACUAAAAUGCAACGGAAAGUUGGACCAAAGUAACACUUACAUUUGUUAGGAGCUGGGAAAAAACUGCUCUGGAGCGGCGACGAACUGUAACGUGAAAUCUAGCUGCCGUAGGGCGAAAAUGACCGCUUGGAAAUGGCAAGCGUAAAAACUGACCCGAAGAGGCUUACACAUCCUUUAGAUACUAAUAUAUUACAGUAAAUUACUCGACUAACACGCUAAAAUACAUUCCGCACGCACGACAAACUACCAUUCAAAAAUCCCAAAGGGCAAAAACAAAAGAUACUAAUAAACGGGUGUUUAGUUCUUUACAAGUAUGUUGGGCCUACAACUGUUUUGCUCUGGUUUCGCCAAUAAUAAUAGUCUUAUUUCAGGACAUUGGUAAACUUAAGAAGAAAUGGGGAAAGGACGACGUACUUAACAUAUUUAUUUUAAAAUUUUCAAGCAUUGAAAAUGAUAACAGUAAUUAAAGACGCAAUUCUUUUGUUACAAGCGUAGAAUAACGAGAAAAACAAAUCUGAUUCCCCCAUAAAGAAUUUGUUAAUGCUCCAUGACUGAACAACAUAGAAUUCGUUGAAGGGCUUAACCUGAUUCCCUCACAAAGAAACUGUCAAUGCUCCAUGACUGAACAACAUAGAAUUCGUUGAAGGGCUUAACCAUCAAUUUUUUCACUUCCGGAAUUAACAUUCGGCCUAAGCCCUCCGAAAAUCUCUUGUGCUAAAUAGUCUUUGUUGUUUUUUGUGUUUUUUUUCACCUUCCUCCCUUUUAAUUCAAGCUAGCGUUUUCAAACCAACUAUGUGUUAAAGCUCAUAACGUUACAGUGUAAAUGUUUCCUUUCAAGCUAGAUUUGGAAACUCGAUUCCCGGGUUGAUACACGCAGGGUUGCGAAUUUUGAAACGAGAGAGACUGGACCUUUUUUUAAAAAGAAGUUUUUUUCAUUACCAACCCCUUACCUACGAUGAUAACAACAGACAAAGCUACUGGUGGCAAAUUAUUGUAUACGGCACUCUUUUUGGAAGUGAAUAAUAAUUAUGCACUUACAAAGUCUUCUUGUAUGAAAUCUAGAUAGAAGGUAUCAUCUGUAGUUGAAAUUGGUUCCCGGAAGGAAAAAAACAAGCGACAAAACGGAAAUAAUCAACGUGUUGCCAAGUAGUCGAUGGCUUUGUCAGACUCUAUCUCUCCACGUGGUACACAAAGUGAAUUUAAUUUCGACGAUGGAUUUUUAAGAGGGGAUUUUCCAGUAGAAGAUGAAUAUAUCUACGACGAUUAUGACUCGGAACCGCUUCUCAACUCUCACACAGAUUUUGAACUUUCACGACAAUUUCGAGGAAGAAGAUACUCGCGUCUUAAUCCCGACGAAGAGGAGACAAACACAAUUAUUCCAAUCAAAUGGAGAUCGAGGCGUUGUGUAAUGAGAACACUCAUCGUUUUUGUUCUAUGUGGACUAGGAACUGUGUGCGGUUAUUUCAUAUCGACACAAAAUAUUCGUGAAUGUAAAGCAACAGUCUCGUCCCGUGAAGACUUAGACAGUCUCCACGGGCCAUUUAUCAAUAGAAUAUCGAGUAGAAACAUAAAAGAGUCUUCAAGGUAAGUCAGUGUUGAAAUUACCAUGCAUUAUUAAAAUAAGGCGACAAGUUUCUGUCACGAAGUUUUGCAGGCAGUCACGCUAAAAGCGGUUCUUUAAAAACAAUUUAACAAAUUGACAGAGGAGGUACUUGCUUUUUACAGAGUGUUUUAAAAUGUUUUUUUGUGAUUAUUAUAAGAGCUUUUGACUAGUUCAGUACAGAGAAUCGUCAGACACGAAGAUUGCUCACCGAAGUAUCUACUUACAUCUCAAUCUUUAGCAUCGUUUAGCUAAACGAGCUCUAUAUGACUUGCUGUAAUCACCGCUCAGUACCUACGAACUUCAGAAAUUUAAUUCGUAUUCCUUUCUUUUCUUUCUUUUAAUACUUAGUGAAUAUCAUCACAGACAUCUCCUCCUUGACAGUCGUUCAUAUAUUUAGUUCUCCUAUCUACAGGCAGAGAUUUCAUUUUGUAUAAAUAUUAUAGUGGUAUAUUUUGCUUAAAAUAGGAUUGACGUAGCAUGCUUACUUUGAUGGACGGGGGAGAAAGUGGGUACUUAAGUUGACAACCUUACUGUUGACAAACUUAAUAUUUUUCAUCUCGAUAACUGCAUUGUAUUUUUCCGCGAUUCUUUAGGUAUUUUUCCAAAGCGCCUCAUCCAAGUGGGUCCAACGUCAGCUAUGAGCAAGCGAAAUUCAUCAAAGAGAAAUGGGAACAGUAUGGACUGGACAAAGUCGAACUGAAAAAGUACGAUGUACUGCUUUCCUAUCCGGACAGACCCGGCAUAGCGUCGAUAAAAUCCGCCAACGGCUCAACUGUCUUUACUGCUCAGAGAGAGGAGAAAGUACUCGAGCGUUCUGAGGAUUCUCCAGAUGUACUUACACCUUUUAAUGCUUACUCCAGUAGUGGAAAUGUCACGGUAAGUGAGGAAUGAUAAAAAUGCUGAGGAUGGGUACCCUGCAUAAACAAAGUGAGGAGAAGCUAUCUUCUGAGUGGUCUUUCUAUGAGUUCGUUGAAAAUUAAGCUAGUUGAUUUGAGGAAAUGCUUUAGACAAGGAAGUUUAGCAGGGAAGAAAAACAAUAACCCGACAAGAAUGCACCAAAAGAUAAAAAGGUGGUUAAUGACACACAAGAUUGAAAAACCAGCGGAUUUCAAAACACAAAUGCCAAUGCUAAAUAGUUUUAGAUGCAUAACCCUUACAGUUACCCCUUUGAAGCUGGCACAUUUCGAGAUUUGUCUUAUAUCCUUACACUUGGCGUGAAAUGAACGAAGGUGAUAUGGUGACCCCAUUACACAUGAACACUCAUACAGUUCUCUCUUGUAAUAGUUGAGUUGACAAAUAUAUUUCUAAACCUUCUUGUUUAUCCAUGAUCGCCUGGGUUGUUACGAUUAUCUCUUUAGUCAUGAGAAAUAAACUUAAUGUACGAUCAAGAUGACUUGAGCAACGCAAUGGCUUUCAAGCAAUAGCCUCGAGCAUUUGAGAAACGCCGUUGUCGACACUAAUUACUGUUAUUCGGCAGAUGCAACGGAUCCCGGAAAAAUUGGUUCCACCAAGAUACAUUUCGAUUGCGUCUAUCGUUAAGAGUGGUUCCACCCUGAAAUCAAAUCAACUCACAUAUAUCGUCUUCAUAUUAAUUUUCUCUUUAAAGCAUAGGAGUUUCUCUCUAGUUUGAGAAUAAAACACGGAACCAACCAACCAACAAACACUCACACACAACCUGCACAUUGAAAAAUGUAGGUUAGCGUAACAAAUCAGAAAAUUGCCAUCAACAAUUGAACAUAUGAUAAUUUUUAUCUACGUCCCGAAGUCAAACUAUCCAGAAGUACUAAGUUUAGUCUCGAAAAAUUCUUUCACGAUUGUCGUGUCUGAACGGCUGUCUUCCGAUUGGCCUUGAUCCGGCCUCCAAAUUUUGAGACAACCUGGUCAAGGCAAUUACAUGGAGACCAGGCCUAUUCACAUCGAUUCACUCAGAGGUCUCUCUGUAUAAAAUGAAGGAGACAAGACAUGUAAAGACAUAUUAAGAGGUAAUUGUGGUUCUAAAUUAAUGAAGCUUUAAACUGAGACUAAGUUUAUUGUGAUAAACUAUGAAACUCGGGGAAGAUUCAUUUACAUGUUGGGACACAUUAGGAAAUAUCAUACAGAACAGAACUUUCGGCAGUGUUCCUCACGAUGCAACAGAAACCUGUUUUGUAUUAAUUUUUGACAGGCACGUUUGGUUUACGUCAACUAUGCAAUGGUGGAGGAUUUUCAGGAACUCUGCGAAAUGAACAUCAGCGUUAAGGGUCAGAUUGUGAUUGCGAAGUACGGAAAAAUUUACAGGGGAGACAAAGUGAGUAUCAUCGGACAGAUUGGGCAGGUAGUGUAUACAUAUAACCAUUUGAAUAAGGCGCUUGAAGACCUCUUUCAAACAGGCUGUCGAGUAGAUUAUAAACCGGGACCUGCUAUAUAAAAUAAAUUAAGCCAAAGUAUACUAGAAAAAAAAAAAGAAAACUAGAUAAACUGAAUGUGUGUCGCAACUUGUCGUGAGGUGGAUUUUGGAUCAAUCUAUUUUCAGGCGAGAAUCGCAGCAGAAGCAGGCGCCAUUGGACUGAUCUUGUACACAGACCCAUCUGACGUCAGUCUUGAGGGAGCUGGCAACACUUUCCCAAACAGUUGGUGGCUUCCUCCUUCGGGAAUACAAAGAGGAACUCUACUUAAUUUCGAACAGGGAGAUCCUCUCACCCCAGGAUAUCCUGCAAGAGGUGGGUUGCAUUUAUUGCUUGACUGAGUGUUACAAAUCGGCUUUAAAUUAACGAUUUAGCGUUUAAUGGAAUAGUUUUUACGCUGUCCUAAUAUCAAUGAAUUUUCGAUAUUGUUUUUAAGACGGAAUCUACAGAAUUGCAGAAAACAAAGCUGCUCUCCCCAGUAUUCCAGUUUACCCCAUCUCGUACGAGGACGCUGCGCAUUUUUUAAAGUAGGUGUUGACUUCUGAAAUGAUUCCUUCCUAAAAUGUACGCAAAUGAUGUUGUCAAAACUUUUUUUGCAAGGAAAACCAGGCAAGCACUCCCGGGCACACUUGGAAAUAUUGAACAUAUAUAAUCAAACCGUUUAGAAUGAUUUUAAUAAGCGAGGCAGAGAACAAACACUACAGCUGGGGAUGAAGAAAAAUCCUGAAUCCCCAACCCCAUGUAGUCGACGACUACUUAUUAUGCUUCAUUAACUUCAGUUAAGUUAAUUUGCAUUCUUAACUGAGUAGUUUUAUGAGCCAUUCCUUUUUUUGUAUUAACUUGGGUGCUAAAACGUACACUAUACAGAAAUUUCGUAAAUUUUAUAGCUUAAAACUAUUUCUAUAAUCAGCCGAAAUUUUGUGAAUAUAGCAUUUUGUAUGAAAUCUUUAGACUACUGACUGGAAAUGAAGCCCCUGAGGACUGGCAGGGAGAACUACAAAUCAAGUACAACAUUACUAUGGCAACUCAAGACAAAAGGUAAAGAAAUCUUAUUAGCAAAGUCAGGGAUGAUCGUUAAGCUUAUUUUAGCUUCUAAUUCAUUCAUUCUUUUUUGAGCUUACGCUUACAUGUUCUUCUUUCCCCGUCGCUUUAACGUCUCUUUCAGGAAAGUCAACUUAGACAUAAAAAUGAAGCUGGAGAAAACGGCCGUGUAUAACGUUAUCGGCAAUAUAAAUGGACAAGAAGAACCAGGUGAGUCAAUUGAAAAUCACACUUCUUCGUCACCCAUGAUUAUUCCAUUUCUUUACGUUGUACGGUUUGUUUUUCAAACAGAUCGAUUGGUAUUACUUGGCAACCACAGAGACUCCUGGAUCUUUGGUGCUGCAGAUGCGUCCAGCGGUACAGCGGCUUUGAUGGAACUUUCCAUGCGACUAGGAGAAAUGCGAAAAAAAGGUAACGUAAUCAGCUUAUGGUUUGGUGGAUUUGGCAGGUUUCGGUUGGUCGUAUCUUAUAUGCGUAUAUUUCAUAGGGUGGAAACCACGAAGGACCAUGGUGCUUUGUAGUUGGGGAGCAGAGGAGCAUGGGAUGCUUGGUUCAACUGAAUGGGCUGAGGUAAGUUAAACAGUACGAAGAAACGUAACAAACAUACAAUUUUUGAAAUAUGGGUGGUAUCUGCUUGUUUGUAAAUAUCCCAAACUGAUCUGAACCUGAUUAUAGGAAUGUUGAGGUUUAAUCUGGUGCAUGCGCGUUACUCCGUGGUAAGAGGCAUGGAUCAUGCUUGAAAUAAAUACACUGAAAAAAUCACCAAAAUAGAACUUAAACUCGCACAAUUUGGUCGCUUUGAUAAUCGCAUAUUGUAAUAAUUCGUCAUUUUUCUUCUUUAUUAAAGGAUUUUGCCAAUCUUCUUUCCAAUCGAGCUGUUGCUUAUCUCAAUGUUGACGUUGCUGUGAAAGGUAGGUGGGUAACCCUUACUUCUUUAUCAGAGAAGUGCCUUAUUUUGCGCAGGUCGGUGUAUUAUCUGUAAUCUAUUUAAACAGGCACAAGGGGAAUCUAUUUUAUAAUUAAGACGAAGGAAAUAUAAAAAAUCGUCGCAAUUUUCAAAGAUCUGGGCGUGAUAUUUUUUAAGUUGUUCAACAAGUGGAAUUCAUCUCUUUAAUUCCUCGCUGGAACAUUGUUCACCAGAUGAAAGUGUUCAUCUAAGUUGUCUUCUCACCUUCGCUGUGAAUCAAUAUAUAUUUUUUUUUUCAAAUUUAGGGAAUUACAGUUUAAUGGUUCAGUCCAGUCCCCUCUUAGAAUUUGCUUUUAUGGAGGCAACUAAAAAGGUAAGUUGGGAACACUUAAUAUAACUUUAGCACGCCCCCACGCUAAAGGCAUUCGGGCCAUUCAUUUCCCGGUGUAAUGAUCAAUACACUCUCUGGUCUAAGUCGAGUUCAUGGGCAAUAAAACAUACAAAACAAUAUCAUUAUUUCUGUAGAUCAAACCUCCUGGUGUAAGAGAAUCCACUGAAAUGUUAUUUGACGACUGGAAGAAGAAAGUCCCGAAUAAAGACAAUCCAAAGCUGCCAACGUGAGUAUUUUUCAGUCGGUUAUGUUUUCGAAAGAUUUAUAGAGAAGCAUCACUUAAAGUGUAGCUCAUUAAUUUGCAUGCAGUCAAUCAAUAUCCUUGUGAGGGAUGCAUUCUAUGAAUUUUAAUUCUAUUGAAUUUCAGUGUUUCAAAGGUUGGUUCUGGAAGUGACCACCAGACCGUGUACUUUCGGCUGGGGGUGCCAUCAAUUUACUUCGAGUUCACUUAUGACAAGGUGAGAUCAUCACAUGACCUUUAACCUGCAAUGGAAAAUAGUAAAAUAAUCUGUGCUUCCAAGCUGUCUGCGCCAUAAAAUUCUCAUUCACCAAACACCUUGAUUAACAAUUCCCUUUCGGGUUCAAUUCUAGAAAACAAGAUCGUUAAAGAUUAUGCUACGAUGGUUGUCUUAACAAACUCCUUACAAAGAUUUAUGUUUAAUACAUUGGUCAUGACAUCCUUACACAAAACUAAAACAUAGAUUCUAACCCAAUUGGCAGUAAUUGUCGACAAGGAUACAAACAACGCUGCUCACGUCAAAUUGUCACGCGAUGCCUUUAUCAGCUCUCAAACAUGGAUGACUCGGAAUUUUGACGUCUACAUUAUGUUAAAAAAACAAACAAACCAACAGCGAUUUAGCUUGGUUAUUUGUGGUUAACUUGCUGCGGACUCACUCGGCUGUGCCUCGUUAGUUUACAACAUUUUGAUCACUAUGAUGUUGAAUAUCGUAGUCGAUGAGAGUAAAGACCACGCUAAACCACUAUCGAUUUGUUAAAUCGUUUCUUAUAUCUUACAGGUUAAGUGGCCUGUUUCUAACUAUCCAGUUUACCACAGUGUACAUGACACAUUUUACUGGAUGAAGACCUUUGUUGAUCGUGACUUUGAAUAUCACAAGACAUUGACUCAGUUGUGGCUUCAGAUUGCUUUGACUUUGACUGAUCAGCCAUUGCUGCCCUUCAACUGCUCACAAUAUGCUAGCAGAUUAACUUAUUAUGCCAAAGACAUCCAAACUAAGUACGAGAAAAUUCUCAAUCAGCACAAUAUAGUCCUUGGUAAGUGGCCUACUUGGACUCGGUCAUUUUUUGCGAAUUUUGAAAUUUCAGAUCGUGACAUGUCAGAAAGACAGAUUUCCCCCGAGCCAACAGAAAAUAACUUAAUUCUUUUUCUCUCUCUUAGAUAAUCUUAUGUCUACUGUUACUAACUUCAGUGACGCAACCUCCGAAUUCGAAGAAUGGUUGAAUUCUGUUGACCAAAAGGAGUGAGUAAAAUACAUUGUAGAGCAAGUUUUCAUUAGUGUGAAAUCGGUUUGUCGAUACCACCUGAUAUUUAUUUGUUUUAACUUUAUGUUUCCAACAAUAGUUCCUUGAAACUUCGAAUAGCCAAUGAUCGCCUGAUGCAGCUCGAGAGAGCCUUUAUCAACCCUCAAGGACUGCCGGGAAGGCCUUACAUGCGGUAAUAUUAUAAUUCAACGGGGAAUUAAUCUUCAAUUUCCUAUUUAAAACGAUGGGGUUGAGUUUCGGAAAAAGUUCGUGAAGUGUUUAUUAAGUAAAGUUAUAUAAACUACCCAAACAACACGCUUCUCAUGUGCAAUUUGGCACAAAGAGUUACAUUCUUUUUGAUUCACCCCAGUGACAGUAAAAAUGGUGCGUAAUAACCUCCUACUUGGCGGCGCGGUAGAUAUCCAACAAAAUUCUUCUUUAUUAAGGUUAAACACAAUAUACCCUACUACCAGAGACACCUCGUAAUACCUUAAAUCUUUCAUGUGACAAAUAUCUUUAAGAAAUUCGUUUUUUCGUUCAGUUUUUUUAUGCCACCUCAUAUCUUUUUAGUCACGUGGUGUUCGCUCCCAGUGCCCACAACGCUUACGCUGGCAGCAGCUUCCCUGGAUUGGUGGAUGCCUUGUACUCCGUGCAGCAGCUUAACAGCAAAGACUGGGAACUAGUGGAAAAGGAGUUGUCUGUUGCAGUAUUUUAUAUCCAAUCUGCCACUAACGUCAUGACUCUGAAAUCUAUUUAACCGAUGGAAAAAAAUACUUUCUUGAUGUACUGCUUACUUCAAAAAAAUCUUACUGCCAGCUGUAAUUAAUUGUGCAAAGUUUAGAAUUAGUUUGAGAAAAUUCAAGUUUUUGAAUUUUAUGCUUUCAUAAACAUUUUGUUCGUCUUUGUUUGAAUGCUUUAUACUAAUGGUUUAAAGGGUUACCCAGUCAUACAUGUAAAAAAUAUGAAUCAUUUUAGGAUAUUUGGCUCUCUCAGUCGAAGAGUGAAGCGGAAAAGGCUACAACUGUGCUAGUCUCCAAUUAACAGAGGAGAUCUAGUUAUGAUUGGUUUAUGUGCAGAUUGUACCAUAGGUAGCGUAGAUUUUUCAAGUAUGAAAAGUGUUUCACAUCAUGAAGUUUGGAACGCACAGUGCCGCAAUUAGGGUAUUAAGAUAGAGAUCAUCAUUCUUAUUCUAUUCAGAGAGAAGAGAUGUUUCCCAUUUUGUAACACAUGUGCUCUGUAAUUAUAUUAGUAUGCUGAUUUGAAAUCUGGAUAUUUUAGACUAUGGUGACUUAUAAGCAUACCAAAGUAACCGAAACGACUGUUGUGUUUAUUGCAAGGGAUUUUGUAGACAUUAUUUUAAGUUUGUGGAAAGACAGUUGCUAACUUUGGUUUUAUCGCUUCAGUCAAAUAAAAUCGCUUUAAGUCGCCUUAAAUCGCCUAAAGUCGCAAUAUUUUUUCUGCCAAUUUUGCUAAAGUCACCUAAAGUCGCCUUAAAUCGCCCAAAGUCACCUAAAGUUACGGCGAUUUAAGGUCCCAGAGAAGGCCUAUUUACCAAAGCCACUGUAAAACUGACUAAAACGUCCUCAAUUACAAGGACUCAAAUACACAUUUAUCAGUCCUCUUUUGCUGUACAUCUUUCCUUGCUUCUAAUAUGUAUUUUUCUUCAAUUUUAUCUCAGAUUGUACUGAUGGGUGUGUAAAAUGUCAGUUUUGCGUUUGAAGCUCUGCUCACACCGUACUCACAUUUUCGAUUAAAUUAAGGUCAAUUUCAUUUCAUGGGAACAAAGUGAAAGGAGUUAUGAGCCAACCCUAAAAUCUGAAAAUUUCAAGAAGUAAUUGUAGGCCAUUGUAGAGAGAAAUAAACCACAAGUUGUAAAUUAGUCACAAAUGUGAAUCCACUGUAUAUUGUAAUCACUACAUGUACCCACGCUUUUAAAGCUCACUUGGAAUCUAAUCAUGAAAAAUUAGUACCUCUUCGUAACAAUACAACAAUGAAGUCGGGUUGAGUCACCUAAGAUAUAAAAUAGUAGGAUCUGAUAUAUUAAAGAAUAUUGCUUUUUACAACCCAAAACACUCUCGUAACCAUUCACCUUUAAAUGUACAUUAAGAAAGAAAUCAAGACGAGAGAAACUCCACUACAUGAGUUCGAAUAGUCUCUUUAAGAUGACAUUUUAUAAAGAUAUUCUUAGUUAAGAGGAAAAGGCAUUUCUUGAAGGAUGCAAAAACGAGACAAAGCGAAAUCCGACCGAAUUGCUAAAUCAUUGAUAAGGAUAGCUUCGGAACUGUAUUUCUUCGUGACUGUUGCACUUACGCCAUGAUCGGUAAUAUGAUCAUCUUUACAAACCUGCCCAGAGGAUGCUCAGUAUACGCAAUUUGAACAUAAUAGUCUUAAAUGAUCUUAGCUUAACACCCUCAAUUUGAUAUUUUUACAUGUCCCAUUUUGAAGUUAUAGCUGUUACAUUAUAUUCUGCUUUAAACUCGAAAAAUAGAGUACUAUUACAAUUGACUGUCAAACGAUAAUUCCUACAUCAAUCACGGAAUAUUGCACAAUGUUUUCGUGACAAAGUUUUGAGAUUAGUCAACCGGGAAAUAUCACUUUAAAAUGACCAGCGAAGUACAGUUUGUUUUUAAUCUGAACAAUAAAACUUUAAAACAACCUAAACAUGAUGGCCUCCAUUUAUUGUGUCGAAGGGACGCCUGACUGAAAAGUUAAGCUGCGACGGUUGUGGGUGGGGUUUCUUUGUUUUAGCCAAUCGAGAUGCAAACAGCCACAAAAGCCAAUUUAUUGGCCUUUGGUUUGUUUGACUUCUCCGCCCCUAACAUCAACUGCAGACAGACAAAUACACAUCUCAUCAAAAUUGAUCAAAACUGACGUCCAAUCAAGUUCUGCGGUAACGUAUACCGUGGUAUAUAGAAAAGUGAGAGAAAAUUCGCUUGUGUCCGAGUGGGUCUAAAACACCUGCAUCUAAAAAGAGGCACUCUUCCGAAUAUACGUGUUGGAAGCAGCUGAAAGACUGUCACAGUGCUCCUUGUAAUUUCUCUUCCCUCUGCAAAUGGCAUUAUUUCCCAAGCUGAGUACUGAAUUCUUAGGGUUUCUGUACUGGGAAUGUUUUCGUUCUCAUUAUUCAUUAAUAUAUUUAUCUCUUUUUUCAUUUAGCAAUGACGUUUUUCGACAGGGAAACGCGUCUUUAUAAAGACUAAAGCAGUGUUGACUUAGUGUUAGAUCCUGAUGGUAACGCUGAAUUCUAAUGCUAGUUAAUGAUACGCGUCAUUCACCAUAAUUCUGGUCGACUGGCUGUCUGACGCCAGACGGAAUAUUUCACUGUCGAUACUAAAGAAAAUUGCUAUAAGUAUAUAGCAAAUGCAAAAACAAGGCAAAUUUCCUGUCAUCAUUGCCCUUGACAUUUCUGAUUUUGAUCACGAGAGAUUUACAUAUUUCAAGAUGAUAAGAAUCCUUCAUAUAAAUUCUUAAUGUCCAAUUGUUCCGAACUUCCUUUAUAACAAACUCUUCUUUGCAAGAAGCUUAUGUACACUAAUGUUUGUUUUCAAAGAGUUUUCUUAUCUUACCUUCCCACAUCACCAGACAGACAGCAACAGAGAUUCAAAGCUUCUCCAGUUCACCCACAAGUACAAAUCUUUUGUUGCGUGUCUUGUAUCCACUAUCCUUCUAAUUAGCGUUGGGCCGUGCGGCUUUUUUCUCUCGAUCGAUUCAUGCCCCUGUAAUUAAAAGAUUAUUCAGCGAUUAUUCUAAUUGGCAAACCAUACGAGUUGAUCGAAAUAACGCAUUCCUGGAAGCCUAGUUUUGAAAGCCUUCCCACAUUGGUUAAUAUUUUCAAGAGAAGGCUGUUUUCGCAAACUGAGGGGGACUAAAUAAUUAGGCACCUUUAAAUCCACCAGUAGAAUUCAAGAACUAAGCAACAGCUGGAAAAUUGAUUGUCAGUCAGUGUGUUUACAGAUGUCUAACGAUCAUGUUGACACUGGACUUACUUCAAACAAAAUUUCCAUAUGAACGUGAACACACUGUAAUGAGAGGCAAGUAGCUAGCCGCGUGAAAAUCGGUGGUUUUCCACCAGGAUUCUAACGGGAAUGUCAGUGCAAAAGAAGUUUGUGUUAGGUUUCUUUUCAUUCAUUUUUUUUAUCUUCAUCGUCGGGUUUAUCACCGGUUAUUUUUCCUGCCCGGGUGCUGAGUACUCAAACUGCUGUGGCGCGAAAAAUGAAAAUGAUGACACAUCAAGAAAAUUACUUGAGCAAGAAGCUUUCGAACUAAUUUCAGGACGGAAGAUCGCCUAUUAUCUAAAGUGAGUACCAUUUUACAUAACCAUAAUACGUAGAGGCAUGAACUUAUGCACCACUUUAUUUACGUUUAAGCAAUUUAAACACGAGCAUCAAUCCUGAUAAUGCUGCCAAAGAAUGAUAAUUAGCACAGGCGUUUUGUGAAUAACGAGUCCUUGUGAGAGCUAAACAUUCAAGUUUUCAAAUCUUCUGGAUCUAACAUUGAAUACAUCAAAUAUUAAGACGCUCAUCAACUUUCUUUUCUCGUUCUUUCCAUGAUGCUACAAGGAGGUUUCUAUAAUUAUGAGCUUUGUCCCUCUUCAACCGACAUUUAUUAAACGCAACUAUCAGAUGAUUACUAAUUGAAAAGAUAAUCUCCACGUUUAAAUUUUUGUGCCCAACAGAGCAAAAUUAGAGCACAUUUCAAUGCCAGCUGAGGAAUCAAUAAUUUUUAGCAGUGAAGACAUUCUAUUGUUUAAAUGCUGUGUUAGUAACAAAAUCUCUCCAAAAACUGUACAAGUCGUCAUGUACAUUGGUUUUCGUUACAAUUAAGCCUACUAGCUUGAAAGAUAGAGAAGAUAUAAGAGCCACCAGCGCAUGAGAUUGAAUCUUUUCAAUCAAUUUUAAAGGCUCCUGUAAUGUAGGACCAAGAUGAAUACUAAAAAUAGGUGAAUUCAUUCGGAUCGUCAUCUUAGGCUUUCAGCAAAUUGAAGAGAAGGAUGAAACUAAAGGUUAAUUUUGACAUGGUUAACUUGACAAGUGGACAGCCAAUCAAGAAGAAAAAUAAAAAUUUACCAGGCUAAUUUAGACUGAGCUGAAAAUCAAAUAUUUGAAAUGUUGCGUGGCUGAGUGGAAUUUGGUUUUCAGUAACUUUGAAGAAUAACGCGGAAUUUCCAGAUCCGUGUUGAAUGAUCAGAAUUCAAAUUUACUAGUUUACUCUGAUGCUUGCUAAAUUGAAUUUUCAUGAGACAAGCAAAAUAGACAAUUCUAACUUAUCAUUUUCCAAAGGCCGCGUAAAAUGGCUCGCAAGUAUCUCAAGUAUAUUCCUUUUAAAGAAGCACUAAAUAUUAAUACUUCUUUCAGUUCAUUUCUCAAGUAUGCCAUGCUUUUAUCUCUUUAUAUCUCUCAACAUGGAAAUACAAUUACAUCAUGCAUGAGUUUCCAAGAUGGAUCUUCAGCAGUCAGGACGGCAACGCCGAGGGAAAUGUCGAUUAAAAAAACGAAUUUAUAAUUUUCUUCCAAUUUCUACUAUGGCUGGAAUUCUAUGCCGUCCUUAAGAGAGUCAGACCUCAACCUAGACAUGACGUUUUUUUUUUUUGGUUCUAAAUAGAAACGUACUUAAUUUUAAUUUGGGGUUCCCGUUCUCUCACGUUAUCAGUGGUCUUAUUUUCAAUUGCAAUGUGAUUAUUUCCUUUCCUGUCCUGUCCAAAUCGGGUUGUAAAGAAAUUUCAAACGAGAAAAAAACCUACUAGAACCUUACUCACUUUCCUAUUUUAUGUACUUACAAAAUUUGAGUCAAUUCAGUUGUUAGAGCAAGGGUUCUUUAGAUUACAAAAAUAAUUUACAAAAAAAAAUGAAGGAAAAAAUUUAACAUUGUGAACCAAUAAUAAUGGUUUAGCAUCCCUCUUUCUAGGUAUUUCGCAAAUAUUGCACAUCUUGAUGGAACAAACGACAGUUGUGCGCAAGCGCUGUUCAUCAAAAACGAAUGGAAUUCAUUCGGCUUCGAUGCUGUGCAGUUGAAGCGUUAUGACGUUCUACUGUUGUAUCCCGAGAGGCCUAGCGUGCUGUCAGUGAAUACUCAGAACGGAACCGAAGUUUAUUCUUCAAUUCUGAAAGAAGAUUCAACUAACAAAGAUAAUGGUCCAAAGCACGCUAUUCCUUUUAGCACCAAUUCAGCUUCUGGUGCAGUGUCUGGUAAACUGGUGUAUGUCAACUAUGGAAGAGAGAGUGACUUCAACUACUUAGACUAUACAAACAUAUCGUGUAAGGGAAAAAUUGUGAUGCUAAGAUAUGGAAGGAUAUCUGAGGCCAAUAAGGUGUCCGUUGAGUUUUCAUUUAUUUUAUGUAUUAUUUAGAAGUCAAUGUUAUUUGUUAGAGAAUGGGAAAGUUCAGAGAGUACUUUCGCAGCGAUCAGUCACUUUACUGUGAGAGGUAGGUCAAAUAUAGGGUCGACUCUUGAAUAUUGGCGUUAUAGGUUAAAAAAAUAACGUUAUUGCUGCGUUAUGUUGUUAAGUAUAAAAUGCGAGACGAGAGUUUAAGCUUCAUGUACAACACUGCUUCUCAAUUUGAUACUGAAAAAUCGUUUCGCCGUUAGCUGAUUUAAAGGAGGAAGUCUAAAUCAUAGGUUUCCUAGAGCAAAUGUUUUGGACCACAGCAGAUACUAUUUAUAAUAUAUAGUGGAAGUAUAAAAAAAGUAAGGGAGGCAAAAUCAAUCUUUGAUUUGAAUGUGCCUUAAAAGCGCACAUCAACUUUGAGUUUGGAAAGAUAACGGACUUUUAACAGAACUUCUAUUCUAAGGUAGAAAUGAAGAUGAGUGGAAUCAAGCCUUAAACCAGAUAAUGCGGUUUUUUAGCAUCAUGUUUAGAACUUUAUUUUAAAAGUAAUUAAUUCAUUUAUAAACGUUCUACACGGUGUAUUCCAAUUCAGUGGGUAAUUUUGCUCAGUCAAAGUGAUUUUUACUUGCCCUUCCAUUACCUAAGAUACUUAUAAAGGCUUCAAAAAUAUUAAAAAGGAGAAAGAAAUAAGGAAACGGUGAAAGAACCACUUAAUUUUUAAUGAUCAAUCCUUUUCCUACUUGAUGAGCAGGUUACCAAUGCACAAAAAUGGUCGGCAGCCGGAGUCUUGUUAUAUGUUGAUCCUUCUGACUAUUCUGGUAACACAACACUUCUAUGGUACCCAAGUAAUGAAGGACCGAGUAUGGGCCUAUGGGUCAACAGAGGAGACCCAGUAACGCCUGGUUACCCAGCCACAUGUCAGUCAUCAAGCUUCUUGUGUUUGGUUUAGGCUCAAUUUAAACGUAGAUGAGUACAAUAAAUAUUAUCACUCUGCAAAGUACAAUAGUUUUAUCGCACCCGGUUUUUAUCGGAACUCAUCGAACCUUGAACGUUUAUUUGUUUAUUAUUUUUUUACAUAAAGCUGGAAUUUACAGAGAGACAAUAGAUGAUAUUCCAUUCCCCAAGAUCCCUGCGCAGCCAAUUCACCAAAGAGAAGCGGAAAUUUUAUUAAGGUAAACUGAAGGUUUCUGGAGGUUUCUCACAUUUUCCCUUUUCACACAGGAGUAAAACGAGGAUAAAUGAGUUAAUAAGGGAACCAGACUAAAUACUGAAGAGAAGGAUUGAGAUGGGAAAAAAGGCGAACUGCGAUGGACUUGAAGCUUUCAGCGAAAAAAAUUGUUAAGAUACAAGCACCUAAAAUGGGAUCACAACUAAAAGAAAGGAAAUUGUUUAUCUUCCUGCCAUUCGUCAAUUGAAUUUUGUCCCAUUUUAAUCAAUUUAAUAGGAUGCUUAACCAUACAACCCCCCCCCAGGACUGGCAGGGUGGACUAAACUUUGACUAUAGAAUACAGAUGAAGCCAAAUGACACAAGGUAUGUCCUAAAGCGAGAAAGUUCACUCCUGUGUUUCAUUGCUGUCUUGCUCACUAUUAAAGCCAUAUUUUCAUAGUUUGCGAAAAUAUAUGAAGAUCUGAACAAAUUUUACGAGUUAAGAAUCCAACAAAUCAUGAAGUGAAAUCAGCUAUAACGUAAGCGCACUGAGGGGAUUGAGAUCGUGGGCCUAGGCCGAGUUGCAACUGUAAAUAAUGAUACCAUGGAAGCUGUGUAAUAGUCAUAUCUUUAGAGAGAACCUCUUAGAGUUAUCAAGCGUUUACCUUGGAAUGUUAAGCCACAAGAAAAUUGAUAAUGUACUUCUAAAAAAAAUGAAUUUAACAAGUAGAUAUGGGGCUAUGCUUUAAUUUCUCCAAAACAGAAAGGUCACUUUGAACGUGAGUCUUUCCUUCGUUGAAAAAUACGUUUGUGAUACAGUUGGAACCAUCAAAGGGAAAAUAGAACCAGGUGAGGGAAGCAGUUCUCUGGAUAUGAUUGUUGACCAUCACACAGCAUUUGAAAAUAAUACCAGUAAAGCCAAAGAGUGGUUCUUCUUCUUUUUUUCCCUGGAUGUUAACAAUGUGGGCCUGUUUUGUUUUUUGGUUUGUUUGUUUUUGUUUUGUUUUGUUUUUUUGUUUUUUUUUCCAAUAAACAUCCAGCUUGAAGGUUUCAAAAGCCAACUUUACAAACACUGCCGGAGUAAAAGUGCAUCACGCAUAGAAUCGUUCGAAAUUAGAUUAUACUUAUUGAUCCCCUUCAAGUGAAUGAUACCUGUUCCCUUGGAGUCUCACUUGGAUAUGACGAAAUUCCGCCAAUUUGAAGUUAAGUUAUAUUCCUUCACGGUUCGAGUUAUUGGAAGUCGAUUUUUCUUUUAAGACAUAAAUCCACUGUUAUUAGUUAAGAAAAUAGAUUUGAAAUUAAAAGUCAGCGAUUGAAUUUAAAUGUGCACAUAGAAAAAAAUGUUAUUGCAGAUCGUUAUGUACUACUCGGUAGCCACCGUCCAUCAAGCGGCACAGCGAUUCUCAUGGAGAUCACAAGGAUCCUUCUUUCUGUUCGAAAGAGAGGUACUUCAGUACUAUUCUUUUCGUCAUCAUGUCUGAUCAAGUCUUUUGUGUCAUGAAAAUUUUAAUUAGGUAGAGACGAUCUCCAUCAGUUAAAUCGACUCGUACACGGUAAAUAAAGAAUUUUCUUCGCCGUAUAGUGCAUUUGUAUGGCUGCUGGUGAGCUUUAUUACCUUGUAGGUGAAGUAUUAUGUCGAACUUAAGUUGAGUUGACUCGACAAUUUCAUUCAGGUUGGAUUUCCCGGCGAAGCAUGAAAAUUUGCAGCUGGGGAGCAGGUGAAUACGGAAACAUGGGAUCUAUAGAAUGGAUCGAGGUAUGGUACUUCCUAAUUGACAUUUAUUUAGCUCCGGUAGGGUUCAGAGAAGCAUUCAAAGGAAGAAUCAAGUAUGUAUUACUUUUAAUGUACUUUUUAAAGGAGAAUUGACAUCUCGAGUUAUCAGAACGACCUAAAUAGGCCGCAAAAUCAGUUUGAGAUGCAUUGGAAUUGAAAAUAGCAAAUAUCAUCCGUAAUGCAUUAUAAUGAUUGCUGACGUUGAGAAGGGCAUUGAAUGCAACAAAAGCGACUUCAGAGAACAUUUUACGAUUAAUUCUUUUAGGAGUUGUAAAUAACACAAAUCUAACGAGAACUUACCGAUCAGAUUGCGAUUAGAUACCUAAUGUUGAGUUCUUGCAAUCCUCGUUCUGUUAUUGACACAGAUAAUCAAAUGAUACAAUUCUAUUAGAACAUUCUUUAGUUUACGUGAGUCGUAUUGUUACAUGAAUGAAGUGUACAUUUUAAUCAGUUGUCCUUCACAUCUACCAAAGGAGUAUCAGAAAAUCCUCGAUGCACGUGCCGUAGCCUACAUCAAUGUAGAUAGGGCUGGAGAAGGUAAAUCAUCUGACCAAUAACAAAUGAGCAUUGAAGGACGAUAUUUAAGUCUUAUACCCAAAACAGAGCAGUAAAACUGACCAAAAUGUUUUGCAUGAAUCAGCCUUAUCUUCGAAAUACUUCAUACCUAACUCUUCAGCCUACUAUAUAGACCCUUCACACGUAUCAGAUGUAAGACAGUUAUUGCUUAUUAAUUUUUUGUGUUUUGUUUUCUUAUUGUUUAUUAGUUGUCAAACAUCCUCCAUCGGAAAUUUUGGGUUGUUUUUCCAAGCUUUCACGUCAACUACAAGACGAAUAUUGUUUUCCAUAAAAUUUUCAAACAAAUCCUCUCUCUAUCUUUCAUGAUUUACUUACCAUAACCCAGACAGUCACUUGAUAGUGACUAGUGGUACAGUAUUCGGCCGCCAAUUGGAAGAUCUCUGAAUCUUCGAGGGGUAUAAAAAUCCUUCCAAUUCUGAGACACAUUUGAACAAAUGGUGUAUGUUUUGUUAUAGGUGAAAUAGUGAUGACAUUAAGUCCGUUGUUGGAACAAAGAGCCCUUCAGACAGCAAAAAAGGUUGUAUAUCUGCUUUUUAUGUGAAUAAGUGUUUAGUCAUUGAUGCAUGAACCUCAUGUCAGCAACAAAAUAAACAACUUACUUUUGAUAUGCCUCAAACACUACUUGUCUUGGAUGCAUUUAAAUAAUUGCUUGUAUUGUCCGAAAAUAGCUCCCCGAGGGUCUGUGUCAAAAGGCUUAACACCUACUAUGAAAUCAGCCAUAGCCAUUGAAAAAAAAGUGGAUUUAUUCUAAGAAUAAGUUGGUGUUCACUUUUCAGCUUUUGAACAAGACUGAGCAUGAUUAAAACAAUGACAACAGAAAAGCUUUGGCGACUCGAAUGCCCUAAGCUUAGUAUAUGAAGGCGAUGGGGAUGAUCUAGAAUCUUUAGGAGAGUCUGGGCCACGUCCUUAACAAUAUGAGCUGCGUAGGGUUCACAGAAGCGAUCCGCACGAACACAGUGCAGAACAUGUGACAGCGAUGCGACCUCCUCGGAAACUCAGACUGGUAUCUAAUUUACUGCGUGAUUUAUUUGUAUUUGAUAUGAAAAUCCAAUAAAGCAAGGGCACAAUCUAAAAGAAUGCAACAGAAAUUUUUUAAACCCGCUGAGCUUCCGAGGGUGUUUUAUAUAAAAUUGUCAAAGGUGCGAGUGUGGAACUUAUCGACCAAUGCCGACAACUCGGCGUGAAAGUGUUUGUUGUACGGAAAUCGGGCAAUUGAGGCAAAAAGUAGAAGAGCGAGGGUCUGAAACCCAGAUAAGUUGUAUCACUGAGUAUCCAGGUUUUUAGUCAAUUUGCCUCGAUUUCUGGGUGCUUGAGACGGCCUAUUACGCGUACAGGCAGCAGUAAGGCACAGAGAAUCAACGAGUAAGCUAAAUGUUUUCCGUUUCAUCUGUUUUGUUACAUUUUGAGAUCGAUUUGCUUGAGUUGUUUCUGUCAUUGAUUUAAUAAUACAGUACUACAGCUAGUUGUUUAUAGUUCCGAAUAAUUUGCUUCUGGUAGGGCCUGAAUUGUCGGUACAACACCAGGAAGAAAAAUGACUGCUAUAAACAACAGAAUGUUCGAACGGCUCGACGAAAUCGGCUAUUUUCAUUUGAACAAGUUUCACAAAUUGUGGCUUCAAAUUUGUGUCAUUUGGAAAUAUUUGCGUUGUAUGCCCAGUUUUGUUUGAAUCAGUACAAAACUGGACGACACAACGCUUUACCAUUAUGAAAAAAAUGAAUAUAUUGAAGCAAACUGUAAGUAAAAAAAUCAUGACGAGACCGGCAAACAACGGCUGUGGAAAAGACUCGUGUCCCGUGACGUCACAGGAAAGAUGGCGCCAUUCAAAAUGGCGAAUGUUUCGAAUUUGGAAGAGCUUUUACAAAGUGAAAAUGGACUUUUAAGAAAAAACGAAUGGCACCUUUGGUGUACUUGAUAUAUUUACUAAACAUCUAUGUGAAAAGAAAAUGAACGUUUUUUGGGUUUACAUGCCCUUUAAAAACAUUUCCUUGAAGGUUUCACUGAGAACCGCAUAUUCAUUUCAAAAUCCUUUUUUUUCUUGAAAUUUAACCCUGGAAUAAUUUUAUUAUUUCCACUCCAGCCUCUCGUUGUUUGAUAGAGCAGGAAGAGGGUGCUUUGCUUUUGAGUACAGGAUUGGUGUGCCAUGUGUGGAUAUAGCGGCCUUUCAACCUGAUCAAGUAAAAUGAAUAGCUUGAAGAUAAUCCUGAUCUCAAGACUCUUCUUUUCCCUUCCUUCUGUUAUUUAAGUUUGGGCAGAGCUAUAUCAUAAAUCCCCAAAGUCUUUACUUUACUUGACCAUAAAAAUUCCUAGUUUGGUUUAGUCCAAGAAAAAUUUAUUACUUUAAAAUGAUGUUUAAACGACUUAAGCCUCAAAUGCCAACGAUUUAUUCCAAAUUUAAAGAGGCACCCAACACUUCAAACACAGAAACAUUUCAUUAUCGUUGCUAUUACCAUUAUUAUCAUUAUCAAUGUUGUUUGCAAUUCAAUUUAACAAAAAAAAAAGACAAACUUUUUACUUAGUUUUUUCUCUAUUUGAUUAGACGUCUGGAAAUUAUCCAGCUCAUAUACCACGCCGCCACUCAUCGGAAACCAUCAAAUACUACCUGACAUUUGCGCAGCUUUGGCUACAAAUGGGCUUUGAUAUCGCAGGCUCGGUAUUCAUACCUUUUAAUGUGGUUCGUCAAGCUGAGGCCAUUUGUCGCCUUGUAGAUGAUCUAUCGGUCAAAUACAGCAGCUUACUGAGGACAAAUAAUAUUACCUUAGGUGUGUUGAAUUAACCAGCUAAACUAAGUAAUUUCAACGGAAAUGGUUUAUUGUUUAAGGUUAUGUGCAAAAAUAAUGGAUCUUUUUCUCGAUCUUAACUUGUACAAGUGGACACAACGUGAUCUUUUUUCAUGCACUGAUUUUCUCAAUUAUUGGUAUCCAACAGAGUUUUUGAUAAACGCCACACAAGAGUUACAAGCAGUUGCAAAUGAGUUUCAAAGAAAUUUGAAAACCCAAGACAAUGAAGAGUGAGUAUAGGCUGCUACAAGUGUGUAAAAACAGCACAAACAACAAACAACGACAGUAACUUGAAUUUUUUUUUUCUUCUCGUCAUAAGUGUAGGAAAAGAAAUAAAUUGAUUUUACAUAAGGAAUCAAACCCUAAAACUUUGAAUUCUGCGCUAAAGGUCUACCACUGAGGCACAGAGACUAUCGUGAUCUAAGAGACAACAAAAACAACAGUUUGUAAACCAGUGCAGUCCUCUGAGAAUAUUCAACUCUUUACAAGCGGGCAGAAAAUGUUUCGCAAAUCAUGCAACAAUCACUGAGCAGAGGUCUGUGAAAUGGUGGGAGGUUCCUCUUUUUCUAUUGUAAAAAUGUUUUUUUCAAUGUUCAACAGAAUAACGUCCUCGACACCUUUAUGAUUUUGUCUCUUUUCCAUGUUAGUGCAUUGCAGGUUCGAAUAAUCAACGAUCGCUUACAACAGCUUAACAGAGCCUUCAUUAACAACAAUGGGCUUUCAUAUAGGCCUUUCUUGAGGUGGGCGGAAGAUCCUUCUUCCCAUUGUACCACAACAACUUGAUAUUGGUUAUUGAAAUAGAGCGAUUUAAGAUAAUAGCAAAGAAGUCGAUAGCGUCUGGGCACAUGUAAAGUGACCAAUUUUUCAUAUCAUUUUCAAAGUCCACUUCACUUAAAUCACACACAUAUUUGCAUAAGUUGAGAAGAUGUCAUGCUUGGAACCUGGCCAUUUUUUAUUAAUGGAGUUUUUUUAUUAAUGUUUUAAGACAUCUUUCCCUCAAUAAAUAAAACUUAAAGAGAGAAUUGAAAUAUAAAAGUAAUUGAGACGGAGAUACACUGUGUUCAAGAGAAUUCUUGACAUCACAAGAAAAGAGCAGUACCAGCACUUUAACCUCAGGCAGCCUAAAGUCAGUGACAGCCGUGUUAAAAUAGCACUUUAUGAGAGAAGGUCUGGGGAUCAACAGAGUAAGACUCAAAAUUCGUAUGUUUGAAUUUUUAAAUGUAACUUACUCGCGUUGCAUUUCUAUCAUAUCGUUUUUGAUUGUCCACUUCUGAAGUCAUUUCAAAGCCGUUCUAAUAAGUUUUAGAGUUCGAGUUAUACUACAAAUAAAAAAUCAUCUCAAGGCCGGUAAUUUUACGAGCCAAUCGACAAGCAUGUUUUCACCGCGGUCGUCGUCAUGGUUGCACAUACUCCUCUUAACUCCUCACCGGAAAAAUGAAUACAAAAGGUGUUGCUAAAGCAAAUUUGAAACACAACAUAACCAAAAGAAAAGCUAGCCCCAUAAGAUCUGUAGAAUAUGGGUUGCUCGCAUUUUGCUGAUGGCUCUACUGGAACAAACAAUCUGUUUCCGUCCUCUUAGAAACCCUCGUGGUAUUCAGGUAAUGCUCUGAACCUUUAAAUGAUUUUUAAUUUCCCAAUACUUCUCGAAAACUGUUUAAUAAAAAAAUUCAUGUUGCCGCGCGUCUGUUCAGCGAUAGAUAACAGAUUGUAAAUUGUGGCUUUGAAAUGGUUUCAAAAGCAAAUAAACAAUUGAAGAAAUAACACUAAGGCAAGGUAAGCCAUUUUUAUUUCAAAUCUUAUCGGUCAGUCUUUUUCUUUCCUUACAGACACGUGGUGUUUUCUCCAACUUAUUUUAAGUCCGAAGCAUACACUAAGUUCCCUGGUAUUAUGGACUCAUUUUAUGUUGCGAAUGAACAAGGAAAGAAGAAAGACUGA